UGCAGUGACAAUAUCCCCCACAAAACCAGUGAUAUUUCUUUGACUGGAGCAGCGUUCGACCGUUUCUCUAGGGGCAAGCGACACCUCCUGGUGGGGGACUUCAAAUCUGCUGUGGCUGCCUUCGAGGUGUGUCUGUUGCUUAGGAGGCAACAGAGUCCCUGGUGGAGCUGUGUGGGGAGCAGGCGCCCGAGUGUGGUGACGCGUACUGCCGCUGUGGCCGUGCAUUGCUGGAGCUGGCACACAAGGAGGCAGGGGUGCUGGGGCCAGAUCUGGAUGGUGCCAGUAGUCAGGAGGGAAGCACAGGGGAAGAGGAGGACGAGGAGGAAGAGAGUUAAGAGUCACAAGAGGAGGAGGAAGGUGGAAAGAAAGAGGAAGGAGAGGAGGAGGAGGAGGAAGAUGGGGAAGGAAAGGAGAAAGAUAAGAAGGAAGGAAAUGCCGCAGAAGGAGAAGAGCAAUAAGAAAUUAGAAUUGACAGAGAAACCAGACAAGGGACUGCAUUUGAAGAAGCACAAGAACCAAGAAAUUUACAUAGCUUUCAUUUUGGUUUACAUUCUGAAAGGUACAGAUACCAAGGGGAAAUUGCUGGGUCAAGUGGCUACACUGACAUCUGAGGUUAGCAGGUUGGAGAGUGAGUGCAGCAGUCUUCAGGUUCAGCUAGACUGUGAGAGGGAUAAGUAUAACAAACUGCUGGGAGAAUCUCUUGCUCAUGAAAAGUUGUCUGAAGAUGUCAUAACUGAACCAAAAGGAGAAACAACAGGAUUGGGAGGAACUGAGCUUUAACAGAAGCUGCAACAACUGCAGGAGGCUCACAGGGUCCUGGAGAGCAGGUUAACUUGCAGCAUGAAGGAGGUGGCUGAGCUAAGUGACAGGAAGUAGCAGCUUGAGCAUGCUGUAGUGCAUGAGGAGACAGAGUCCAUCGGUGUGUGCAUGUUUUUUGCUCAUUUGAAUCAUCUGUAAAAGUGAAGUGGAGGAAGUGUUUACUGUUUACUGUAUGCCAUUUCCUUGGUCUUUUAAUGAAGAAUUUUAUCCUUCUUCAGGUGACUACAUCACCAUCUACCAGUUGCAGUGAGGAGUGAUGAAGCAACAAGCUCGAGAACGCGAGUUAGACCUUGCCAGCCUCCAUCAUGAAUGAGAGGAAAUGAAGCAAAACCACUCUGCAGGAUUUGAUAUCAAAGCUGGUGCAGGAAAAGGAAGCAGAUCAUGACCUUCAGCAGCUCGAGAAGAUAAGCAGCGUCCUUAAGAGUCCAGUUGCUAUCUUUAGCAGUGUUGGAACCAGUGAGUCUGAGACACCCACCACCAGUGGAAAGGUGGCUGACGAGCGCCUCAAGCACUCUGAAAAGGUGGAGCAACAACAAGAAACAGAAAAUUGCAUCCAUCAUUCUUUGCCUGAGGAGGGAAUUGAUGCUCUGUUGACCCUUCACACUGAUGUCCCUCAUGAGGAGGGAGAAUAUGAAUCCUACAGAACUUGCCCAUAGGAAGACCAAAACUGUUACUGCUGCCACACUGCCACCACUUCCACUGACACCAAAAGCCCAACUGUGCAGAGAAUCCUGGACCUCCGCAAUGAAAUGGAGUCCACCAGUCACCUGGAGCACUUUAGCCUCCAAAAGUUCCAUCCGUGUCCAUUGUGUUUGGGUAAACUUAUCACUGUAUAAGGGGACAAGUAUCAGUGUAUGGUUACUAUAUACUCAUUUGUACUUAAAGAUGUCAUGUCACAUCAUUCUCUCUCUCUCUCUCUCUCUCUCUCUCUCUCUCUCUCUCUCUCUCUCUCUCUCUCUCUCUCUCUCUCUCUCUCUCUCUCUCUCUCUCUCUCUCUCUCUCUCUUUCUUUCUUUCUUUCUUUCUUUCUUUCUUUCUUUCUUUUGUUGCAUAUGUUACUGCUUUACAUUCCUCCCCACAGUAUUUUUUCAUCUACUUUAUGACUGCAGUAGUUUUAUCAUCCCAGUGUAUGCUGUAUCCACUCUGAAACUGUAAUUCACCAAUCAGCUCAAAUGUGUCUCUGUUUUGAUAAUCAUUAAUUUGUUUCAGCUACACAACCACUCUGAUAAGGGACAAAAUCUACUUCACCAGUCAUCUAUGUCAUACAGUCAUAUAUAUUCAUACAUAUGACAAAAUACUCUUCCUAAGACAUUUCUUAUUUUCUCUUCUCAAGUGACCUGUCCAUCUAUCUAAGGUACCACAUAACAUUUAAAACUUACAAUAUUGUGUUUAAUUCAUGAACACUUUUUUGUCUAUCUAUGGAGACUUGCGUAUAGACUUGAAAUGUAUUGGGAGUUUUCUUUAUCUCUCAUUCUAUACCUAACACCUGUUCCUAAGAAUCCCCAGGUGAUAACCAUGGUGACUGGCUGGUCUCCUACUGAGUGGCUGGGGUUUUCCAAAAGUGAGGGUUGGUGUUCCAUACCAUACCAUGUGCCCUGUUUGUAUUCCUUCUUUGUCCUCUGUAUUAUAUUCUAUGUAAAGAUGGUGCUGGGGUGGGAUCUACUUCUUAUUCCCUAAAAGUGAUGAGGAGUGACACUGGGCAGCAUUGAUUUGCUCCUUAGAGAUGGCUGGGUUCCUGUGGAUGAGUGGGCCAUGCUGUGCUUUGUCAAGGAUGGUGUUUGGUAUUGUGAUGACUCUUGCCACAAUCAAGUGCCUCCCACAGAGUAGUGGAGUACCUAUGUAUGGUGUUGACCCAAGCUGUCCAGGUCUCAUCCAAUGCCUUAAUAUGAUUUAGAUGAUCAAAAUGGUUUAACUCACCAUUUAAUCAGCUGACUGAUUUGAAUGGAGAAGUAUGUAAUGUGUUGUAGCCUAACCAUCCCUGCCAGCAUGGUCAGAUUCUUGGUAGUAACCUGAAAUGCUCCUAGGUAGUGAGUAUCAUUGCACAUAAUGAUCUUUACUUUGUCAGUAAUUCAAUGAUACUGAAUAUUACUCUACUGGAUUUUGCUCAGCACUGCUUGGUAACUUUUGGCCAUAAUCCCAGGUCUGGAAUGAUAUGAAGCCAUGUUUUUACAUUCCAUAUGAGACAGGCAAGCACUAUGCUUUGCCUGACUGAUACCUGUACUUUACAUUUAUGACCCCAGGUAGUUCAUCACUCUCUCUCUCUCUCUCUCUCUCUCUCUCUCUCUCUCUCUCUCUCUGUUUGGAAUUAUACUGUUUGGAAUUAUACUGUGUGUGUGUAAAAAGUGUUUGCAUUAUUGUGCAUUUGAUGUUAUAGCCCCAGGUUCUUAAAGUUUUCUAGUUUCAUGAUUUAUAAAGAUUGCUAUUUUUAAUAAAGUUAUUGAAAUUGUUA